AAAGUAUAUAAAUAUGGAGAGGCGGUGAAUUUAGUAAUAUGGACUCCCGUUUUGCACCAUUGCCCUCUCUAAUUGUAUCACUUGUAUGAUAGAAGUUUUAAGGGUUUGGGUUUUGGGGGGUUUACUGUAAACACACACAAAGACGGCCUUGGAAAGUGAAGAACGACCUCUGUUGUCUGCGUUUCAAAGUUGAGACCUUUGUUUAGUCUUCUUUUGGCCUCUUUGUCCGAGUAUCUAACCUUGAUUUCAUUUCAAUGCCCCAAAAAUGUUGAAUUCUUUUACCAAAAACAUCAUCGAUUUCUUUAAGCUUUUACACAUUGUUACGAACAAUUCCUUCUCAAACAACCCAUCACUGUUCUUCACUGUUCGACGCAUCUCAAACAAAACCAAAUCCCAAAACCCCCAAUCUUUUACAGUCUCUUACCUCAGAACCAAACUUGGGUUCCCCCCAGAAUCCGCUCUCAGAAUCUCCAAAUAUGUCCAUUUCAAAACCCCGGAAAAACCCGAUUCCGUCAUUGCAUUCUUAGAGCAACACGGGUUUUCCGACACCCAAAUCAGACAAAUCAUCCUCACCCGACCCGCUCUCCUCUGUUCCGAUGUCGAGAAAACCUUCUUGCCCAAAUUCCAGUUCUUUCAAUCUAAAGGUGUCACAGGCCCUGAAAUUUCUAAGCUCUUAGUUUACAAUCCCAGGAUUUUAAGUCGUAGCUUAGAGAAACGGAUAAUCCCUUGUUUCAAUCAAUUAAGCAAGCUUCUCCAAUCUGAUUCAAAGGCCAUUACAGCUCUAAGGAGAAAUCCGUAUUUAAUGGAGAUUGUUAAGGAUGUUAAGGAAAUGGGGUUUAAUCCAUUGCUGGUUAAGUUCCUUCAUGCUGUCAUUUUGUUUAGAAAAGUGAGUAAACCUGCGAUGGAGAGUAAGUUUGAUGUUUAUAAGAAAUGGGGUUGGUCUGAUGAUGAGAUUUGGGAAGCUUUUCGAAGGUAUCCCGGUGUUUUGGAAGCGUCGAAGGAGAAGAUCACGGCAAUCAUGGAUUUCUUAGUGAAUGAAAUGGGGUUUCAAUCUUUGAUUCUAGCUAAUCAUCCGAGUGUUAUCUCUCGGAGCUUGGAGAAACGGAUUGUUCCAAGGGCCUUGUUUGCUCGAGAGUUGUUGUCGAAAGGUUUGAUUAAGGACUUGAAAUUUUCAGUCGUGUUUGGAACUUCAGAAAAGGUGUUUGUUCAAAGGUUUGUUAACCAAUAUAAAGACAAAGCUCCUGAGCUGUUAAAGCUGUACGAAGAAAAACUCAAAUUCGCGGUAAGAGGCAAAUAUAAAUCAAAUUGAGCUAGUUGUAGAACGUAACAUAUUCGAUUGAGCCGGUUUUCUUUUUAUUAUUGGAUUGAAUUCUUUCUUAUGAUCUAAAACUUGCUAUAGAUUGACUCUUGUUAGCAGCAUUGAGAAUCUUAUCGUAGGUGAAACUUUGCAGACUGUUUUUUGUAGUUUAAUUGUCUUACUUGUUCAAAAAUGCAACUGUGACAUGAGUCUCACUUUAUUUGUUGGUUUAGUUCCAUUGAUGUUCAUUUUUGAUGCUCUGCAACUCUUUUAAGCUUUGCUUUUUUGGUUUGUUCAAAGUUAUGAGGAUCAAA